CUCAUUCAUGUUAUCGAGUGUGUUGGUUGCGGACGGUUUGUAGAGUUGCUGCAGUUGUAACUGUAAUGGUUGUCGUUUGUUUAGAUUAUCUUCGGCGCGAAUUGUCCCUGAUCAUGUUAAUAACAACGUGAAUGAGUGUACGGAAGAGAUUAACUGUACCGCUUGCUUCCGCUCUGCAGAUAGUCCGGAAUUCGUGUGUUCAACAGUGUUCAUGGAAUUAAUAUGAAACAUUGCAAUACAAGUGCAUUUCGAGUAUAAUUCAUAAGGUAAAUAGAUCCAUACUGCGGUGAAGAUUGAAGAGGCGAGAAGAAGACAUGGAGGUACCGAUGGAACGAGAAACCGGGGCCCUCGGAGGGCUCUUCCAGCAGAUCAUACAAGACAUGAAGAAUGGGAUGCCACUGUGGGAGGAUCUCAUAGCCAGAGCCAACAAACUACAUUCUACAUUGAAAGCAGCGAUUUUGGCGGUCGCAGCCUAUUUGGAAGCAUUCCAAAAGAUUGCGGAUGCUGCAACCAAUGCCAGAGGUGCGACUCGAGAAAUAGGCACAGCUUUAACACGGAUCUGCUUGAGACAUAAAGCGGUUGAAACGCGGAUGAAGACUUUUACUAGCACUAUAAUGGAAUGUUUGGUAUUACCACUGCAAGAACGUCUGGAAGAUUGGCGUAAAACUGUCAUGAAUUUGGACAAAGAACACGCUAAGGAUUACAAGCGAGCUCGGGCUGAGUUGAAGAAGAGGUCGACCGAUACUUUGCGGCUGCAGAAAAAAAUGCGCAAAGGCGCUGGAGGUGAUUUGCAAAAGAGGCUCGAAUACGGCCUGCAGGACGUCACGGAACGAAGACAGUUGCUUGAGGAAACCGAAAAACAAGCCGUUAGAGCCGCUCUGGUCGAGGAACGCAGUCGGUUCUGCCUCUUCGUCGGAAUGCUGAAGCCUGUUGUGGAUGAAGAGGUCGCUAUGUUAUCUGAGCUAUCCCGUUUGCAAGAAGUAGUUGUUCAGUUGGACAAGCAUACAGCUGAUCCUGGUACACUUCCACCAGCAAGUGAACAAGUUAUUGCAGAUUUGAAGAGUUCUGACAGUGGAUGGAGUUUCCAAACUCCACCUUCGAGCCCUUCCAGUUUGGGCAGUCGAAAAUCUUCAAUGUGCUCAAUCAGCUCAUUGAACAGUUCUUCUUCAGGAAGCUCGAAAUCACCGAGCCAUCCGUCGCAUUGGCACAGGUCUCUUUCACAGCCUGUAGGACGUAGUGGCACUGUUCGUUUACCAUCGGUUUGCAGUCGAGAUUCUGGAUUUACAUCACAAGACACUUUAUAUCCUCGAGCCCCCUCUUCUCUUAGCGUUGCUCAGGUAUCCAAUAUGUCUGAACAUAGCGGAAACAGCAGCAGUUCUAGUACUCCUUGCACUCCAUUUCCACCAAGCUCAACUGUUCCAAACAGCACAGCCACUUGGCCAAAUCUUCAAGAAAGCUUGCAAUUUGAGCGGGCCGCAUCUGCCAUCAUCAGCGAUAGGCCACACACUAUAUCAUCAGAGAGCCCUGAUGUUUUAGCCUAUGAGAAAGGUCAUCAAAGACCUGCAUUAACUGUAUAUACAUUCCAAGCUCCGGAUCAGAGUUUGUCUCAACCGGUGUCGCCCGUCACAUCGACCACCCCAACAACCGAGAACAGUGUCAUCAUGUCGGCUCCCCGAAGCCCUGCGCCCUCCGUCAAAUCCCUGCAGUCAAAACCACCACUUCCAACACGCUGCUCAUCUCUGGAACGACCCAGCGUACCAGCCAAAACAAUUGCAGGCAUGUCUGCGGUCCGAGUCCUGCCGCCAACCACAGUGAACGCGCCCUCCGAUCAGCACAAAGUCACCAAACCCACCUCUCUUCCACCGCACAUUGCUAAAGCAAUGCCUCAGCCGACUUACGUGAAUAUGCACGAAUUAGCUAGCAUGGCUGCAAAUAAAGCUCAAGAGCUAUCGUUGCCGCCUCCACCGGCAGAGUUUACAAGUGGUACAGCUGCCCCAGGUCCCGUAGAAGGAGAAAGCAGCACCAGCGAGAGUUCUCUGGAAUCUUCCAGCGGCUAUGGUAGCCAGACUACAUUUCCAGCAGCGGACUGCGAUCCCGUUCAUCAAGAAGAUUUAGAUGCUGUGAAAUACUGCACUCUUCCGCGCCAGUCCAGCACUGACCCUACUGGGGCACCAAGACGAAGACCACUAUCCAUGACAGCUGUAUACGGUUGUGGUGGAUUGAGAGGAUCAUCUACGCUCUUGCGUAGGGCAUCGGUACAAGGAAAUAAACCACCGCCUCCUAUUCGAAGGACGGCAUCUAUAACGAACACGAAUAGACCGUUGACACCAGUUGGAAGUGUUGAGAAUUUACCGCCACCGCCUGCGUUCUUAUUGGAACCAAAUAAGAGUUCGCCAGCCCCGGUAGGCGUGAACGUUGCCGAAACGAUCAAAGCUUUGACAGAACAAACGUGUUUUGCAGAGCAAAGACAUAUGCCGGCAAGUCCGAAUUCGGUUCGCCGCAUGUCUACCUCUUCGCAAUCCCCGUACGGCGUCGGGAUGCAGCACCAGAGUAUCUACAGCAGCGGUCAACAUUCUUCCACUCAAUCUAUAUACAGCUCUGGUUCAACAUCUGUAAACCAGCCAAGUCCAAUCUUGAGUUCAUUCCAAUCGAAUAAUCAAUCCAAGCUAACGUACAUCAACCAAUCCGGAGGAGUAAUCUAUGCACAGCCAACGCAAAUGACACUGCCUGGCAGUCCAAAUGCUUCUCGGAAAAUUAACAGUAUGCGUUCUCAAAGCGCUGAGAGGCGUCAGGGUGAGGGUCCUGGCGGUGUUGGCUCAAACUUCAUAGCUGCUCUAAGCGCUAAACUCGUGCCCAGCUUGAGUCCCAGGAGUUCUCGUCGUCACAGUGAAGACUUAGCUCCAAUAAAUCCACAGAACAGACGGGGUCCAGGCCAAAGUUUCCUAGACUCUUUGAAUGCCAAGCUAUCUAACCAACAUAUCGGAAGUUCCACGCACACGCAACAGAAAGCGUCGAAGAUUCGACAGAUAAUUAACAGCAGGGCACAACCCGAUCCCAAAGUGUGUCACGAAUCGUUGAUGGACCAAAUCAAAAGAGGUGCUACAUUGAAAAGGGCUAAAAUAAUAAAUGACAGGUCUGCGCCGAAAAUCCACUGAAUUGUUUUAAACUCGAGACAAUAUUAACCGAUCGUAUUAAACUUUUUUUAAUGUAUAGUUAACUAUAUAAUUAACUAAAUAAUGUGACUUUAUUAAACAGUCAAUUCCAGCAUUGUAGAAUAUUUAUAAAGAUAAACCAUCACGCAAAUAUAUAUAGCAUGUAUACUUACUCCAUUCAAGUACUGUUGUAAUAGUCAUAUAUAAAAAUUAAAUGAUAACAAAUAGGUGAAUAUGAUAUGGUUUAGAGUUACGCAUUGUUUCUUUAUAUAUACAUAAAUAUAACAUACAAAUAUUUGAUGAUAGAUCUUCUGAAA